AUGAGUACCUCUUCUAGGGCUUUGGCCGCUUACCGUAACGCCCUUCGUGCAACGAAGGUCGCCUUUGGCGAGGAUGUGCGCAUGUUGGUGGCUGCUAGGAAGGCGAUGAGACAUGGAAUGCUGGCUCCCGACGCCUCGUUGCCGGUCGAAGACCAGAUAACACAUAUGAACGAUAUUGCGACCUUCCUCAGGCGUAACCUCGUCCAAGGCAAAAAGGUAUCAGGCAAAGACGAUGUAUACCAGCUACGGAUACACGAGGAGACCGAACUCGGAGAUAACGCCACCAUCAAGGAGACCAAGACGACUCUAGCCAGCCAGGGCGGAGGCUGUUGCGGCGGUGGGAAAGACCUCUACAAAUGA